UAUUAUCGGCAGAGGUCGCAUGGCAGAGGGAAGUCCAACCACUUCACUCCUGGAACCAAUGCGAGAAAAUGCACCUCCGUAACAAAGCCCGAGAGGAGUCCUGAGAGGAGCAGAGGGAGAACAGGCGCGAGCUCCUCCUCCUCAGCAUCUUAAAAAAAAAAACAACAACAACAAAACAAAACAACAACAAACAAAAAGCUGGACCUGAACUGGAGCUUUGCUUUUGUUUGCUCUUUAACACCGGGAUAGUUUUGCCGGCACGUGCAUCGCAUCCCCGGCGCGCGCGCGCGGCUCUGCGUGGAGGACCGCGCGCGCAUCUUCAGAGUUUGGAGCCGAAGUUCGGCGGAGAAACGGAUGUGAGAGAAAAGAACUCGCUCUCUCUUCUUUUGCUUCUUCUCCUUCUUCCUUUCUGCCCCCCGAGCGGUGUGUUUGCUGAGACAACAGUGAGUCAGAGACGCUGGAAGCGGUUUCAUGCCUUCGGUCUCGCGCAGCCUGACAUGGACGUGAGAUUUUAUCCUGCGCCUCCGGCCGCCGUGGGUUCGUGUUCUCUGCCGACUGAACCUGCGUGUCUCAGCUCUUUGGACUAUUAUAACCACUCCAACAAGGCUCGGUACGUUGUGGGCGAACGAGGGGUUCGGCUCCACACUGCCCCCCCUCCAGGCAUCAGUCCUGCUAAGAAAAGACUGGCCAUUGCUGUGUUUGAUGGUGACAACAUGUACAUGAAUGACAGCAGUCAAGAGUUUCGGUCACCAAACCAGAGCUACCCCAGUCAGGGCCGAGGCAGCAGCGGCAGUGGGGGAGGAGGGGGAGGAGGAGGAGCAGGCGAUGAAGACUAUGAGAUUCCCCCCAUCACGCCGCCAAACCAUGCCGAUCCUUCCCUGCUACACCUCAUGGAGCAUGAGUCCGGUUACCCCUUCCACUCUCUGCCUCACAAUGGCCUGCUCAACACCUAUUCCUACCCGGAGCUGCCCGCGCUCAUGAUGUCCAACAUGCUCGGUCAGGACACGCACCUCCUCUCAGGGCCAAUGCACUCAUUAAGUAAUGAGAAGCGAUCCCCAGCAGAGAUGAUGAAGCCCAAACCCAAACCCCAAAAGAAGAAGAAGAAGAAGGAUCCCAAUGAGCCACAGAAACCCGUGUCGGCCUACGCGCUUUUCUUCAGAGAUACCCAGGCGGCCAUCAAGGGACAGAACCCCAAUGCCACCUUCGGAGAUGUGUCCAAAAUUGUGGCUUCAAUGUGGGACAGCCUAGGAGAGGAACAGAAGCAGGGUUACAAGAGGAAAACUGAGGCGGCCAAGAAAGAGUACCUGAAAGCCUUGGCUGCGUACCGAGCCACUCUGGUUUCCAAGACGUACAGUGAUCCUGAAACAAAAAGUGUCCAGCAGACCAGCCAACCCUCGCACCUGUUGCCCUCAAAGCAGCCCCUGUACAGCGUGCCCCCACAGCCAUCCUCACCCUACUUGGGGCCCCCGGGCUCCUUCCCCCUGUCAGAUCUCCAGAGCUACGCCGGGCCACCCCGCCACACCCUGGCCCAGACCCUCAGCCAGUCUCAGAUGUUGCCGCCAAGCAUGAGUGCCUCUCCUCCAGCCCCCUUCCAGAUCAGUCCACCUCUGCACCCCCACGCCCAGCUGUCCCUGCACCAGAGCUCCCUGCUCAACCAGCCAAUCCGCAUGCAGCAGUCACAGCCAAUCAUCUCGCACCAAAUGGGGCUCCAGGCACCGCUGCAUUCCCCUCCUCUCAGUCAGCAGGGAUUCUCCCACAUUCAGGCUGAUUAUCAGAACAGUGUCGGCAGCUCACAGUCUCCAGGGGCCACUAAUCCAGUGCAUGGCCAGAACCCCGACUGGGACGGCGAGUACUGCAACAGGGACUGUGGACCCAACCACUGCGGCAGCGGCAUGGCGGCUCGGGACAAGCCUCUCUACCUCACUUGAAGCUGAAAGACCUCCAAAUGUCAAGAGUCCAGGGAGCUUUUCCAACAUCAACGGCAACGUCAUCAACGUCUCUGCUUCUCCACCUUUUUUUCUUUCUCUUGUUGAAUUUUCUGACGGAUUUCAAACCAAAUCCCAAAGAACGCUCCUGUAGCUUCACCUAUUUUGCCAAGCACUUAGAUCGGCCCGACGCCCGAGGCGCUUCUCUUGUUUUUCCUUAUCAGUGAUCUUUCCUUUUUUUUCCAAACAGGCACUGAGCUCAUGCCAACACUCUGGAAAUGAUGACCAAAAAAAGUCUCCUUUUUGUUUUUAUUUUUUCUCUCCAUCGCUCUUUUUUUUUUUUUUUUUUUUUUUUCUCGCCAUGGACUGCUCUCACAGGGGAGAAGAAAAUGCUUUAAGCAUCCUCAAUGUGUAGAGAAGCUAAUGCAGGAAAGUCGAAUAUUCUCACUCCAGGAGGGGUGAAUCAACUUCAGGACAGACAGAACCACCCCAAACUGAAAAUCCUUAAUGGUCACAAAUCCACGCGGCGUCUGUAAGUGACGAGUGGAGGACUUCAUUUUCUUUAUUUCUCACAGAGUGAUUGUAAAUAUCACCAGAAUGGAUCCUUCUUAUGUGUGUAUUUAGCUGCGGUCCCUCACUUAUCUUUCUUUUUUGGCGUUAUUUUUGUUUGGGUAUGUGACUUUUGUGCAGGUGGAUUCGGUGAGGGGAAAACACACUAAAACCUGUGUUUUAAAACUAUGUUCUGGUUUCUCUCCUGACGAAAAAAAAAUGAGAGGAGUCUGAAGACUGACAAAAAAAAAAGAAAGGGGAAAGGGAGUCUCGCUAUCGUCACACGGCCUCAGGACGUUACAAAACUGUAGAGGUCAAAGGUCAAAACCUCUCCUUUAGCUUCUCUUCCUUUUGGUCAGUAGAGACCGCCCCCUCACUUGUAAUCCCACCCACCCUGGUCCCAACACCACUUGUACAGGUGAAUUUAAAAAGAAAAAAAAAGUUGCUAAAUGUGAAAUGUUACUAAAAAUAACAGUGGGUUUUAAAGUUUUUUGACUAGUUUUAUUAGGUGUUUUAGAAUUGUGUUGAACUGAUCUUUUUUUGUGAAGGAAAACAAUUCUGAAGAUAUUUUGAUUUUUCACUGUAGCAGAUUUUAUGUUCAGAUGAACAAGACGUCGGAGUAAAUCUUUUAAUUUUGUGUAUAAACCUGCCAAAUGUGCUUCGUUAAUUUGCAAAAGCGGUUGAUGAGAACUCGUUUUUCUUUUUUGCUUUUUGACAACCAUGUUUUAAAAUCUGCUCGUUCUAUUUAAUUUGGAUGCACCUCUAUUUAUGAAUAUGAAGAAACAUUUUGGCUUAAAUUCAUCAGGGCGCAUUAUUAUUAUUAUUAUUAUUAUUAUUAUUAUUAUUAUUGAUCAAACAUAAUUAUUAGAAUAAUAAAUAUAUUUUUCAGGAUGGUGUUGGUGCAUAAGAACUGUACCCGCAUUAGAUUCAUUUUGUGUCACAAUGACUUGUUUUCUUUUGUCUGUAAUAAUAAAAUGUUUAAAGUGGA